GUGGGAGCGGGGCGGGGCUGGAACCGGCGAACGAUUGCUGGGGGCUCAAGCAAGGAUUUCCGCAUUGUUUGCAUAUUUUCAUCCAUAUAUAAGUAUCAAAAUAUUUUCAUUCAUAUAUAGGUCUCAAAAAAUACUCAAGUAUGCAAAGCUUUAAAUCUGUAAAGCCUGACGUUAAGUUUGUACCUGCCCCCCGGGUGCCACCUCGCAGCGCUGGCGCUGGCACCAGGCUCUCCGCACUUAGAGCGAAGGCGUGUUCUGCUGGAAGGGACACCCAGGGGGGUGUGUAGUUUGUUUUUCCCCACCCCGAGCGACAGUUGCGGGUGUGUCCCAGCGCCCUGUGCCGGCUCUUGUGCAAACACAGGGGUUGUGGGAGACUGGGCGCCAGGGGCACCGUGGCGACGUUGGCACUCGGCAGUUCUGUCACUCCUGAAAUGGUCCUGCGAACCCGUGCCCAAACUCGCUUACCUUCGAGUGAGUCCCUUCAGGCUUCCAAGACGCUACAAACUACAAGAGUGAAGCUGGUAUUUGUGUGGCAGAGUUGGGGACUUCAGUACAGAUGGGACAGCAGCGUAUUUACCACUGCCUGCUUGCAUGUGACUUCCUUUGUUGCAAGGAAUAGACAAUACAGAGGUCAAUUCACUUUUCAGUUGUUUUGUAGAAGGUACCAUAGAACACGUACACAGGCAGUGUAUGCUGUAUAAAAAGGGUUUUUUUCUUUUUUAGAUUUUAGGGUUUUUAAACAAGAACUAUCCUAAGCAUUUAAUAAUUGCUGCCACAGGAAUGUGGGACACAACAGUCGUGAGCUCUGCUCUCUGUGCUGGUCUCUACCUGUUAAGUGGCGCUUGCUGUCAGGUCUUCAGCGUGGCCAGAACCCAGGUGAGAGAUUUGAGGCCUAAUCCUGCCAAAACCCUUCCUUGCACGAGCGGUCUCGUUCAUUUGGGCUAAACCCAAUUAUGUCAGACUUGCUCACUGGAUCCUGUAUGGAGUUACUACGGGUUUUGCAGUGCAAGUAACGUUUGGUGCCCCAGAACAGACUGCCGUUUUUCAAAGGGGAGUAGAGCUGGGCCCUAACCGGGGCGGGAAGGUUCACGUCCAGCUAAUCCUGGCUGCUGGAAGCUUAUUUUUAGUUCAGAAUUAGCUGCGGUUCAGCGCGAGCGGCGUGAGGGAGUGGAGGACAGUUCACAGUGCCUGUGUCAGGGAACAGCUUCAAAUGAUAUGGGAAAGAAGCAAGUGUGCCCACCUCGUGCCCUCCCUCCAGUGCCAAGUGGAAGCCAAGAUGAAAUUCCACUCAGUCGUCCCAAAAAAAGGAAGUCCAAAGGAAAGACUCCGCUAGAUGGCAUCGUCCAAGCAGCUGUUCGCCGGCAGUCGGAAAGCAGCGAGCCCCUCACUCCUGAGCCUCCCGGUGGCCCUCCGCAGAGGAAACGCAAGAAGAAGAAAGCACCUGCCGAUUCUGAGACCUCUUUUACCCAGCAGAAUGUUGCCUCCUUAUUUCAGAAUGGAAAUGGCGUGGAUGUCCCUGAAGCUGAAGAAACAGGGAUCCGCAAACAGAGAAAAAGAGCAAAGAAACCUCGGCCGGCCGAAACGCAGGGUUCCAAUGAGCUGGAGGUGGAGGAGGAGGACAUCAUUGACGAGGAGUACGGGAAAAGCCCAGAGCAGCACCCCGUGUUUGCUGCGCCCACCGGCAUCAGCCAGCCUGUUAGCAAAGUGUUUGUGGAGAAAAAUCGGCGUUUUCAAGCAACUGACCGUGCAGAAUUGAUUAAAACCACUGAAAAUAUCAAUGUACUUAUGGAUGUGGAGGCUUCAUGGACUACCAGAGAUGUCGCCCUCUCGGCGCACCGAGGUUUCAGGGUGAUUGGACUCUUGAGCCAUGGCUUCCUUGCUGGCUAUGCUGUAUGGAACAUCAUUGUUAUCUACAUUUUGGCAGGAAAUCAACUUUCCACGGUUUCUAACCUGCUCCAGCAGUAUAAGACACUAGCAUACCCAGCUCAAAGUUUGUUCUAUUUUUUGCUGUCUAUCAGUACAGUCUCAGCCUUUGACAGGAUCGAUUUGGCGAAAGCAUCAGUUGCACUGAGGGGCUUUCUCACCCUGGACCCAGCAGCAUUAGCCUCUUUCUUGUACUUUGCUGCUCUGAUCUUAUCCUUAAGCCAGCAGAUGACAUGUGACAGAAUUAAUCUCUACACACCACCUUCGGAAAAUGGCAGCCUGUGGACGGCAGGUACAGAGGAAGAAAUUGUUCAACCGUGGAUCGUGGUCAAUCUGGUAGUGGCUAUUCUCGUUGGGACAAGUUGGAUCUGCUUGUCUUACCGACCAGAGCUAGACCACAGUGAAGAGCUGAUGUUUCAUGCUGAAAUCAAGGAAUUUCCCCAGGGAGAUAUCAUACCCAGAGUUCAGCCGUAGCGUGGAACAAGCAUCUCCAAACACCGUAGCUGUGACUGCUGGCUCAACAUGUUGUGUAUUAUAGACAUGUAUUAUAACUUUCAUAAAGAAAAAAAGUUAUUUUUAUAUUGUAUAUGUUUGAUUUUGAUCUUUUUAUGUACGCUACAAUUUCCAAAUGUGAUUGAAAACUUUUAUACUUUUGCUUUUUAUUUUACAAAGUAGAUUAUCUCUUAGCCUGUAAAGUCAAGGUGAUUUUGUGAGUAUUGCUACCUAUAUAACCAAAGAAGCUGGGUGGAUGCAGAACAUCGGGCGUCCAGUACUUUUUUGAAUGCUGUACAGUCUUCAACAACCUGCUUUUGUUACUAAUGCUGAUAGUAGUUUGCUUUCCCGAUUUGGCUAAAUAAAAAACCCCAAAUCUUAAGAAGAAAGUAAUCUAAAGAAGAUUAUAACAAAACAGUUAGGAAACAGAAAAAGCACAAAGUUAGUAAGCAUCAAAUAAUCUGGGUUUCAUUGUCAGAAAAAGUAUUUGCGAGAAUAAGGGAUUGGAUUGUUGGGGAUUUUGUUUAAUCAUUCCUUAAAAGAGGACACUUUCUUCAUCUUCAUUUAGUUCUCUUGACAAAGGUCUUGAUGAUAAGUUUGUUCAAGUUGAUGUAGAUACAAGAAAUUGAAGUUUUAAUGUUGCAACAGUUUGGUCGGCUAAUGUAUACUUAAAUAUAUCUUUUAAACAACCAGAGUGUUUUUGGGUUGCCAACAGGAUAUAUGGACGCCCUGUAAUUUAUCAAGACAAGACGCAUAACUAUUAGAAAGCCGUUCACAGGAAUAAUGUUCUUGUAUGGCAAGAGCAAUAGGGGGAUUCAUUGCUCUUUCUGAAGAAGCUUGGAUUUCACAGCUGUUACAAAUGUUCUUUAUACUUAUUUUGAUGGAGAUCGCUUUCCUCCAAAAGGAUGUUUGUUGUUUUUGUUAGGAUGGACUGGGAGACUUCCUUCUAAAAUUAUAAGAAAAUGCUUACCAAAGCAAAACUCCCCAGCAACCCACCCUCUUUGUACUAGUGUAAUGGUGGCAGUUGGUGGGUUUCCAUUUUACUAGCCAACAUUCUUUCAUAUUAAAGUGGCAAAAUGAAAGCAUUGCAGAUGUGAAUAAAUACAGAUGUAUUGCAGGGUGAAACAAGCUCCUUAGACAUCAACAGGAGCUAGUUUUAAAUCCAUUUCUCAAGAAAGUAUCAUCACCUAAAGACACAAACCUGUCUGUUAACGUCAUUUAAUAUGCAGUGAUUUUUGCGUUGUUUGAUGCGUAUAUUAGAAGUGUGGUUUUAAAGGCUGUGCAGUUGUCAAAGUUCCCUGGAGAAUUACUGUACUUUCUAGUAGUGAAAUUAAGCUUAGCCCAUAAAACGCUUGAAGGGGGAUGUUAAAGAGCCAGUGACUUUCUGUACUGUUACCUGAAUUACUUUAAAACAAGGAUGGGAAUGUUAACAACUAGGGCUGCUGCUGCCCAUUGAGGAAUUAAGCUCUUUUGUGCCCAUCCAGCAGAUUUAAGUAAUUCAAAAAUUCAGUGUUCAUGCCAUGUUUUAAAUGCUGUGGUAAUGAGAGGCUGGGGGGAGGAAAGACGUUCCACAGCUGUUGGCUGCAUUCCAGGGCAUUCACUUUGUUGUGGGAAGGAGCUGUUUACAUUUUUUGUAAAUUGUUACAGCUUUUGUGUAGGUAUUUUUGCAAACUGUAGAAAUUUAUGGCUGGCACCGCAUCCUACAUUAAAACGGAAAGCUUCAGGGUGCCGCUCCCCUUCAGUGUUGCACUGGAGGUUCUUGUCACGAUGUGGCUGUAGGAGAUGAGGCACUACUUAGUGUUCCUGUGUAGGCUGCCACCACACUUUCUCCAGAUGUGGUAAAUUUGAUUUACAGAAUUAUUGGGCUUCUCUUUGCUUCUUGAUUAUUUCUCUCAUCAUCUUGGCGUGGUAAGCAGUGUGAUUUUGUCCAUACAGUAUGAAGCUCAGGCAACACUGUGCUAAGGCAUCGAAUCAGUACAGGAAAAGCUUAAGUAAUAUCGUUGCCUAAUUUCUAACAUUACUACUAGGAACUGGCCUCCAAGUAUCCCUUGGACAGAGCAAUGCUAGUCAAGAGCCAGAUUCGUUCUCACCGUGAAAUACAGUAGUUUGUUUAGAUUGUUGAGCAGAGUUAAUGAACUUAACGGGAUCAACAUUUCAAACCAGGCUUGUCUUUCCAGUGUAUCAUCUUUUGGGAGGGUCUGAGGAUGUGUGUAUUUAUAUCAAUGAGGUUUGAGGUUGCCAUUUAAAAUGACACUUAAUAAACAGUUUGAUGGCUUAAA